AUGGCGUUCAAGGAUCGAAGUGGACAAGUCACAAAACGGACCUGCCAAAUCACAGUUUGGAUCACACUUUUUGGCGGGUGGGAGAGUCGACUUGUUCUGGAAUCUGACGCUGUUUACGUGUGGCACAAGCUAUUUCCAGCAUCAAGGAACCACCUCUCAAGUUUUGGGAAUAUGGCACCCAACCGUUCAAAGUCGGCGUGCGGUUCUGUGGGAAAUAAGGUCUAUUGCCAGAAAUUGAGGCUCACAGUCGGUGUUUGGUUUUGCGGCGAAAUAAGGUCUAUUAUCAGAAAUUGGGGCUUACAGUCGGUGUUUGGUUCUGCAGAGCAUCAAGGUCUCUUACCCCAGAAAUUGAGGUUCACAGGAACAACCUCCCGAGUUUGCGAAACAUAUCGCCUCAUCAUUCAAAGUCGGUGUUCGGUUCUGCAGAGCAAUAAGGUCUCUUACCAGAAAUUGAGGCUCGCAAAAACAACCUCCCGAGUUUGCGAAACCUGGCGCCCAACCGUUCAAUUUCAGUGUUUGGUUCUGUAG